AUGGGAGUUCUUGGAAUCAUAAUCAGCUUUAUUGUGGCACCAGUGGCUGUUCUCUUUGAUCUUUGGCUCUUGGGAGCAUCCGCAGGAGCCACGAUACAAGAACGCAAAAUAUGGCAAAACAAAAAGCUUCCUUCCAUUAAUCCCUUUGGCCUCAUCAAGGUCUUUUUGCUAAACGUCUGCUGGAUGGGCGGAACUCAACUUGGUGUCAUUUUGGGAUUGCUCAAACGCGCCCUUAUGGGAAAGAAAAACAUGAACAUGAGAGACUUUUGUCACAAUGGCGUAGAACGCAUGGUUGGACAACUGCUCAUUAGACUAUUCGUUGGGCCCGAGGUUAUCAUCCGAGGAAAGGAAAAUCUCCCUCCUGAAAAUCCAGGAUCUCCUGCACCAGUGAUGAUUGCCAAUCAUGAUUCCCAACUUGACAUUGCUGCUGUCUACUAUCUGUGUCGAUCUUGGCGAUGGAUUGCCAAGAGCAGUGUCUUUUUCUUGCCCGGUGUGGGCCAACUCAUGUACUUUGGGGGUCACGUCUUCAUUGAUCGAGUGAAGAAGAAGAACAAGUCGUCAACUGGGGCUCGCAAUCUCUACAUUAAAUCCAACGAGUCCCUUCAAGAAGGAGUCCCCAUGUUCUUCUUUCCGCAGGGAACUCGAAGAUUGGGCGAACGACUCCCUUUCAAGGACGGGGCCUUUAAGAUUGCCAUGGAAAACAAGAGUCAAAUUGUCCCAAUUAGCAUUGAGAUCCCACUAACUGCCUGGAAUUCCAUGUAUCCUUUGCAGGGAGGAAAGGAUGUGGCACCGAUCAUUUUGACUAUUCACAAGCCAGUCGAUUCUAAGGACUUUAAGGAAUUGGAGCCACUGAAGAAUCAAUGCUUUGAUACGAUCUACAGUGUAUUGCCAGACUACACCAAGGAGAACUAA